AUGUAUUUUUCUGUAAGAUCGUAUUGGAGAGGCUUUUUUGCUGCUUGUUGCGGAGCUACAACAAUUCGACUCUUACGAGGAUAUAUGUCUGCUACCGAUGAUGAACAGUUGAACGUUAAUGCUUUUCAACAAACAAACUUCCCGGCUCAUGCUUUUACCGUUCAAGAGCUUCCUGUUUUUGCCUUAUUAGGACUAUUAUGCGGCUUACUAGGAUCAUUCUAUAUAAACCUAUAUAAGAGAAUAGUUCUUUUUUUGAGAAACAACUAUUAUGCUAAAAAGUUAUUCCAACGAAAUUGGUAUUUCUAUCCCAUCGUGAUUUCUGUAUCGUAUGGAAUUCUGAUGUAUCGUUAUGGUCUGGGACAGUACAUGACAGGAAGAGUGAAAUUCGGGAUGAAUUUAAAAGACUUUUUUAGCAAUUGUACUUUCACAGCUCCCCUUGAGUCGCAAGAAUACUGUGAGCGGUUGACUGACUUGAAUUGGUAUGGAUCAUCUGAUCAUGUUCUGAGCAUUUUAGGAUUGUUUAUCUCUGUUAACACUGUCUUCUCUAUUCUAUGUCUGUCGUUGCCCAUACCUUCAGGUGUUUUUGGACCCGUUUUUACCAUUGGAGCGGCAUUAGGUCGUCUAUAUGGAGAAAUGAUUUACAUAUCUAUUCCGAGAGGAUUAAUGAGUGAUAUUCAGUUUUAUCCUGGCGUCUAUGCUGUCGUAGGAUCGGCGAGUUUUUCGGCAUCUGUAACUCAUUCUGUAUCAGUCUCAAUGAUGAUUCUCGAAAUAACUGGUCAAUUGUACUUAAUUCUACCUGUUAUGAUAUCAGUAGUCAUAUCUAACGCUGUUUGUGCUUUCAUUCAGCCAUCCCUUUUUGACGUCAUCAUCAAGAUCAAACAUUUACCCUUUCUACCAGAUAUUCCUCCUAAUAGUCCUAUGGUUCAUUCUACUUAUGCUCAAGAUAUCAUGACGUCUACAGUUGUAAGUGUGACUCGCCAAACUAAAUACUCGGAACUGAAAAGGUUGUUAUUGGAGCAUAGAGAGUUCCGAAUUUUCCCUGUUAUCGAUACACAUGAAAACCAAAUUAUGAUAGGAACAGUGUCCAGGAGACUGUUACUUGAACUCCUAAAAACUCAUGUCGGGGACACAGCUCGGAAACUAGAAGCUGAACAACGGGUGCGCCAAGCUAUACAAACGAUUGAUCAACACUUUAAAAACACAAAAAGCGAAAUUAACAAAAAGCCUCCGCCUCGCACGCGAUCAGCUGUUUCUCUAAAUUCAAAGUGUUCAGCAAUAAUUCCUCGUACCCAUUCUUUUGGUGAUCAGCUGAAAAUUGAACGGAAGUUGAAUAGAUUCCUCGUAGUUCCAACCAUCACUUCAGAAGACUUUGAAAAACCAAGAACUACAUCAGAAUCAGACGAUGAAUACAUCCAAAUGGGCUCGUCUCCGAAAGUAUCACAAGAUCGACGAGGCUCUAUUGGAAGGAGAAACGCAUUCUGUAGUCUUGAAAAUGAGAAAAAAGUUUAUGGAAGAGAUGACGAUGAUGAAGUGCAUUCUAUUACUUCUCGAGUUGCUCAUUCCACCAUUCACGCUCAAGGAAAUAACUAUCAGGAUGUUGUGAAGAACUACUUCAAGCAGGCGAAAAAAUAUAUUCAGAAUAUGCACAUCGGUCAAAUAAAGAAAGACGACCGAAUGACAUUCUUAUAUGAUUUGCAGGAAGACGAGAGAAAAGAAUGGGAAGCUGAACGCUUGGAAGAAGAACUGCUUUUCGAUGAUGAUGACAUCGAUCAAGCACCUUUCCAAUUAGUAAAAAGAACGAGUAUCUACAAGAUACAUUCAAUCUUCUCAAUGCUUCAACUAUCAAAAGCUUAUGUAACGGAUUGUGGAAGACUAAUUGGAGUUGUGGCAUUAUCAGAUCUCCGACGUGAACUAGAGAAAACGCAAAUGAGAACAGAAACCAAGAGUGAGAUCGAAAGUAAACCAAAUCUAGAGCCCCAAACACAGCCUUCCGUAUACGAUAUUCUGACUCCAACACUAGAAAUCGUGAGACCCAAUGCUGAAGGCUUAGAGGUUUUGAACGAAAGUGACUUGGAACGAUGUGCAGAACCACGAUAUUUAAGAAAAUCCGCUUCUCUCCGAGUUCCACAUGUUUGUCGUCACGAAAAUCUUAGACAACGCAGAGAAAGUUCGUCUUUAAAAAAUGGAAAUUUAAUGAAAGGAGAGAACCUUGUGCAAGCAGUAGCAUACUUGAGACGCAAAUCAUCUGUUAUGGAUCGACGAAUGUCAAUGAAAUAA